CCCCGCCCCCGAUCUGGCUUAGGGCGUCUGGAGCCGGAGCUGGAGCUCCCCUGCUUCGAUCGUCUCUUCCCUCUUCUCUUCACUCGCUUCACAACACCGCGUCAUGUUCUACGCACCCUACUGCUCUGAUUCAAUUCUCGAAUACAAUUCACUAACCCAGGUCACCUGGACUAACCGUUCUUCUCAACAUAUAAAGCCGCAUGCAGUACGUUCUCAUCCGUCUUUCUUUUCUUCUUCCCCAUCAAGAAAAAGCUGGCCAUGUGCCACUAUCAACACCCAAAGAUCCAAACACCCAAUUCUACCCACCAUCCAAAAGAUCAAGAUCUCCAAUGAUGCUACUAUGGUAAAAGGUCAGACCGCGAUCCUCAACCAGACACUCCAUCGCCGAAGGAACUCCCACCAACACGCCAAACAUCGCGACAACCAACACAUGCACCCGAAAUCCCCUCACCGGUCCGUCCGCAUUUUACGUGCAGCUCAAAGCCGACCUACUAAGUCUACCUACCCGCGUAUCCCAAGAUGCAGGCACACUCUUCUUAAAAGGCACAAGGUCGAAGUCGCAAGACCCACGGCAUUGUCUACCUUGGAAAGAAUGUGUACAACAAGAAACACAACCUAGCCGCGUUCUGGGGUUUCUGAUCCGCUUUUUCUCCAUGAGGAAUUACAGAAACUAAUGGCUGCGGCGAACAUUGUGUUGGCUUUGCGAGGAUUACAUUAUACUGCAGGGAUCAUCGGGUGGGUUGGACUAGGUUGGGAUUAAGUUGGGUUGGACAUGAGUGUGUUGUCGAAUUCGGUGCAUUGGUUGUUGUGAAUCUUUUUGGCUAGGUGAGAGUACCGCGGCUGGGGUGUUUGGUUUUGGUGAAUGAAGACCAAAAAA